AUGUCAUAUUCAGGACAAUUAUCUCUCUUCCAUAUCAAUCUUCCACCGGACACAGAUUGCCUAAAAACACAAUGUCUAUGUGACUUUCGAUUAUCGAUAGCAGAUUGCGACUACGAACAACGACAAGAAGGUUAUACUUUACUUUGGCGAAAUUCAUAUAUUCUUGUGGCAACUACGUGUUUUUUAGUGGGAUUUGUGCAACUGAUCGUUUUGGCAUCUCGAAUACGACGAUUAAAUCGACGAAAACAACCAUGGAAGAGUCCUUUUAUCAAUGAUAAUAUUCAACAUAGUCCUGUUCAUGAUAAAAAUAAUAGUAUUUCUAGGUCUACUAGGAGUGGCAGUGACAGUGUCAUCAGUAGUAGUAAUAGUAGUCAUCAUAAAACAGGAGGAGGACAAGAAUUUCACGCGUUCUUUCUUCGGAAAUCUCAUAGUGUUGGAAUGAUACGACCAAAGCCUGUUGAGAUGUUUUUAUUAUUGACAGCUUUGUUCAAUAUAAUACGUGGUGUUGAUUGUGUGUUGGUGAUUACAAAUGCUGCAUCGAAUCUUGCCGUAAAAGAAGUCAUGUUCGAAAUAGGAUGGCAAUUUGCAUUUUGGGGAAUUUUAUGUUACCUAAUCGGCGCAUUAUACACUAUUCCACGCGCAUUGAAUUUAACGCGUGACACCAUCACCACAAGUUAUAUCAAAGUAUGGAUGCCAACUCCAUUUUUCAUGGAUCUAUUCGCGCUGUUUCUCGUGGUAGGCCCAAUCUCGACGCUGAUACUUUUUUCGGUGCUAUCGGGUUUGUCCGCGAAUCAGGGUAAUUUGGCCUCGGCGAACUUUUAUCGUCGGGUGCAUUAUGGGUUCUGGUUUCUUUAUUUGUUGGUUAUGGCGACGGGAUUGCUUUACUUUGGCGAUCGCUUGGUGAAGUCCAUUCAGUCGCGUAUUCGUCAUAUGAAGCGAACUAGUAUGUCGCAUAAUGAAAAAAUUAAUUUAUUGAGGAAGGCAAUGUCGAAUGUAAAAACAACCAUGAUUUAUCUAGCGUCUAUAGUAUUAUUCCUAUCCCUAGCAUCACUAGUAUAUGCAGCCUUCCGUGAACAAAUACACAAACAUGCAGCUUUGAAUGUUUUCUUUGGUCUCGCCUGGACUCUAGUGUGUCCUAUAUCAUUCGGUAUCACAACAAUUGCAAUUAUUUUUGGUGGUCCAUCAUUCACCCAGAAUCUCUUCUCGUCUUCCUUGAUACCGAGUAGUAGGAAUAGUGUUGGAUUGAGUACUUCGUUAUCUUUUGAUAACGAAAUUAAUCCUCCUAGCGAAAUUAGUUCUCCUAGCAUGUCGAAGUUCUCUACCGCUAGGACAUCAAUGUCAGGGGUUGAUUUUGGUGGUGGCGUGAAUUCAUCGAACAGGUUUAGUUUAGCCUCUUCAACUGGCAGUAUGUUCUCAAUACCGUCACAUAAGGAACCUAAACCAAUUUUCGUGGCACAACAUCGAAAUCAAUGGUCAAUUUCAUCUGCAGCUUCUAGUUUAAUGAAUAACACUUUUUAUUUACCAAUGCAAUCCCCAACGCCACAUCCUCUACUUAAUCAAAAACCAUUACCAAAUCCUUCUGUGAGCUUAGCGGAUAAUAACCAAAUACAGAAAGAAUCAAAUUCGCCGUCAUCACCAACAAUUAAAGAAAAUGUCGUGAAAUUCUCAUUACCAGCUAAAGAUGUCGUUAAGUCUGAACCAGCAAACAAAUCAACAAUAACAGUAGGAAAACACAUAACAAUAUCAUCCCCUCCUUCGAAACCACAACAAUCACUGUUAUAUCGAUACCGAUACCUGGAGAUCCGGGCUUGUCAGUCUUGGGUGAUAACGGUAACAAUAAAAGGAGUAGCAGUAGAACUGUUUAAACAAGCUACGAGCUGA